GGCAGCCGUCAGUCCGAAUGGAAGCCAUCUUUCUUUGGGAUCCGGACAACUAUAGCGUCAUUUACGAAAUAAAAAUUAGCAUAUAAAUCUCCUGCAGAAUUAUCGUCUAAGAGCAGAAUGCGCACUUCAGCUCUCCUUACACUCUUUUUCAGUUUCUUCUUCGUUAUUGAGAUGGCAUUUUGUAUGCCUUUAUCAAUGCCAGCUUGGGUUCAAGUUUAUGCUCCUGAUACUCGUGAUAUUCUCGGUUCACAGAACAAGCGCAUCAUGGACCCUGUAACUGGCCCUAUUGGAAUGUCCCUCAGGAAGCUAGGCAGGCCAGCCUUGCGUGAAAUGCAAUUGCAGAUCGACGACUAUUGUUCUAAAUUUCCGUGUCCCGCGCCAAGAGGGACAUCCGAAAUUUAAUAUUUAUACCAGACAGCAAGAGUUGUCCUUGCGGCUUUGCAAGACCCUUUAAUUGUAUACCCUUCGGACUGUUGUACUGGCAAGCAUACUGUGUUUCAGUCCAUCUGUUGUCGUCCUAACAUUUCAAAUUAUUUGCA